GGGAAAGUUUGCUUUCUUGUUACCCUUUGGCAAAGGACUUAUUUAUAGUAUGUAGAGGCCCCAGAGGAUAUUCGUUUUUAUUUGCAAGAGUGGUCACUCCCUAAAUCCAGGCCAGAAAAGGGAGGAGUCUGACCUAAUCACGCCCCUUCUCCGGUAAACUUAGGUCGCUCCUAGCUUAGCGGCUGGAGUUUGAAGAGCCGGGAGCAGCUGCACACCCUAAGCUUUCCCCAUGGUCUCGGUGAGCAGAGCGGUGUUUGGAGAGCUGCCCUCGGGGGCAGGGACAGUGGAGAAGUUCCAGCUACAGUCAGACCUGCUCAGCGUGGACAUCAUAUCCUGGGGUUGCACGAUCACAGCCCUGCAGGUCAAAGACAGGCAGGGAAGAGCCUCAGACGUGGUGCUUGGCUUUGCACAGUUGGAAGGGUACCUCCAAAAGCAGCCCUACUUUGGAGCAGUGGUUGGAAGGGUGGCCAACCGAAUUUCCAAAGGAAUCUUCCAGGUGGAUGGGAAGGCGUAUCACCUGGCCAUUAACAAUGGGCCCAACAGUCUGCAUGGAGGAGUCAGAGGGUUUGAUAAGGUGCUCUGGACCCCUCGGGAGCUGUCAAAUGGCAUCGAGUUCUCACGCGUCAGCCCAGAUGGUGAGGAAGGGUACCCCGGAGAGUUAAAAGUCUGGGUGACGUACACCCUGGAUGGUGGGGAGCUCGUAGUCAACUAUCGAGCACAGGCCAGUCAGACCACACCAGUCAAUCUGACCAACCAUUCUUAUUUCAACCUGGCAGGCCAGGGUUCCCCAAAUAUAUAUGACCAUGAAGUUACCAUAGAGGCUGAUACUUACUUGCCUGUGGAUGACACCCUGAUUCCUACAGGAGAAGUUGCUCCAGUGCAAGGAACUGCGUUCGACCUGAGAAAGCCAGUGGAGCUUGGAAAACACCUGCAGGCCUUCCACCUCAAUGGUUUUGACCACAAUUUCUGUCUGAAGAGAUCUAAAGAAAAGCAUUUUUGUGCAAGAGUGUAUCAUGCUGGAAGCGGGCGAGUGUUAGAAGUGUACACCACCCAGCCCGGGGUCCAGUUUUACACGGGCAACUUCCUGGAUGGCACACUGAAGGGCAAGGGUGGAGCCAUCUAUCCCAAGCACUCAGGGUUCUGCCUGGAGACCCAGAACUGGCCGAAUGCAGUCAACCAGCCCCACUUCCCUGGUGUGCUCCUGAGGCCUGGUGAAGAGUACAACCACACCACCUGGUUCAAAUUUUUGGUGGCUUGAGGAAGUGUGAAGAUAUGACCUGAUGCAGCACUGGCCUCACAGCCUAUCUCUUGUCCAGAGAUGAGGUGAAGAUUUAGAAGCUUUGCAAGUGAUCCUAUAGAUUAGAAUCAUGCAAAUGGUAGUUGUCAGUCUGAAUGAUGAUUUCCUUUCCCAGUGACUGGCUCCAGGCUGUCUAAUGUCUCUGUUCUCUGUUCAGUUCAGAGGGCAUGUGAACCCAACCACCAACGUCAACUAAGCUCUGACUCUAGCCCAGCAAUGGUGCCGGGGACUCUCAUGCUACUGGUAGCUCCAUCUAUCCACCCUGCCUUUGUCAACUUUCCACUUUUCCUUUCUUUGAUACUACCCUCAUAGAUUUUCUAUUUUAUUCUUCUCUCUCUCAAACCACCAUACUCUUGUGUAGUGCUACGGAGUUUUCAGUGGUCCUAUGAGCACUAUAGACAGACCUCCCUGUCUCUAAGGUAGUACGUGAUUGAUAAAUGAGGAAGCUAAGGCCUAAAAAGGCUGAAGGACCCACCACAAGGUAGUAAGUAAAAACUUCAGCCAGGCCAGAUGCAGUGGUUCACACCUUGUACGUGCUAGCACUCUGGGAGGCCGAGACAGGAUCCCUUGAGCUCGAGAGUUUGACACCAGCACAGCAAGAGUGAGACCCCCCUCUACACUAAAAAGAGAAAAAUUAGGGCUGCGCCUGUGGCUCACUGAGUAGGUGCCAACCCCAUAUAUUGAGAGUAGUGGGUUCAAACCCAGCCCCAGCCAAACAACAACAACAAAAAAAUAAUAGCCGGGUGUUGUGGCAGGCACCUGUAGUCCCAGCUACUUGGGAGGCUGAGGCAAGACAAUCGUCUAAGCCCAGGAGUUGGAGGUUGCUGUGAGCUGUGUGAUGCCACAGCACUCUACCAAGGGCGAAAAAGUGAGACUCUGUCUCUACAAAAAAAAAAAAUAAUAAAAAUAAAAAUAGAAAAAUCAGCUAGGUGUCAUGGCAGGCACCUGUAGUUCCAGCUACUCAGGAAGCUGAGGCAGGAGGAUCAGAUGAACCCAGGAGUUUGAGGUUACUGUGAGCUAGCUAGGUUACUGUUGAUGACAUGGCACUCUAGCCUGGGCAACAGAGUGAGACUUAAAAAAAAAAAAAAUGUAGGCUCGGUGCCCAUAGCACAGUGGUUACAGUAGUGCUAGCCACACUCACCAAAGUUGGCGGAUUUGAACCCAGCCUGGGCCAGUUAACCAACAAUGACAACUGCAACAAAAAACAGCCGGGCGUUGUGGUAGGUGCCUAUAGUCCCAGCUACUUGGGAGGCUGAGGCAAGAGAAUCGCUUGAGCCCAAGAGUUUGAGGUUGCUGUGAGCUGGGACACCAUGGCACUCUACCGAGGGUAACAUACUGAAACUCUGUCCCAAAAAAAAAAUUGUUUUUAGCCAAGACUUGAGUCCAAGUCAUGAAUACUCAAGUCCCCUUCUUUGCCUUUACCUCAGUCAGCUAGAGUAUUCCCAACGUCAUGAGGGGGUGAGGGGGUGCCAAGCAGAGUCUGAACCUUGCUCUGUUAGAUCUAGUCUUGAAUCUCAUAUUCACUUUUAUAGGAAGCAUUAGGUAGAGUCAAACUGUCUUUUAGUCUUAGAGCUGGUAUGACAAAGUGAAGACCAAAGCAUCCAAAAGGAAUCUGACAUUUAAAUUCUCUGCCUUUGGGGUUAACUGAGAAAGCCCAGCCAAGGCAUAACAAGGCAGGCUUGGGAGGACACAGGUCAGGAGCUAUGUUAGUGCAAGGAGACUGAGCAGAGUUCAUGUAGGGUGGACCAGCCUGAGGCUCUUCUUUUCCUGGAGAAUCAAAUCAUCAGUGAUGCAUUAAAUUAAAGAAAUAUAUUUCAUACUAGCAUAUGCUACAGACGUGAAAUAAAACCAAAAUCUGCCUCUUCA